UAAACGGGGGUGAAUUUUCAUUGAAGAAAAAAAAAAGAAAAAAAAACAAUUGUUUAGGGCUCUGGUCCCCCAUAGCUUCUUCUUCCUAAUUCUUCCUCACUCUUUUUCUUCUACUACUCCUUUCGGAUCUCAAUCUCCAAUUCCCCCAAUCUCCAUCAACAAAUUCAACCCCUUUUUCUUUCAUUCCCUUUGUUGACCCUUUUUAACAAUUUGAUUCAGUUCAAGAAGGACUGACUGAUUGAAUUAGGGCACAAAACACUUGCAAUCAGAUCUCAAAUUUUGGGGAAUUGGAUUUUGGAUUGGAUGGCUUCCCCUGGCAAUCCAAAUCAACCAGGUGGAGGACCAAUUGAUAUGCAAAAAUUCUUCAAACCAUCCCCACCUUCUUCUUCCCCUAAUCCACCACUUCCGCAAAACCCUAUUUCUUCUGGAAUUACUUCCCCUGUUUCUUCCACUGCUGCCGUCGUUUCCAGUUCUAAUAAUAAUACUAGUAAUCCUAAUCCUCUGCAAAACCCUAAUUUGAUUUCCGGCCCGUUCCCGCCUCCGUCCGCCUCUUAUCCGCCUCCCACCGGCGUUCCACCUGGUGGGCCCUUCUCAUACCCCCACCAAAAUUCCCCUUUCCACCACCACCACUACCUCCACCAACAACAACCUCCUCCGCCUCAAUUCCACCACCUUCCUCAGUUUAGUAAUCCUCCUCCUCCGCAGCAGCUUCAACCGGAUCCCUCUUCCUCAGCCCAGUUCACGACCACCAACUUGCACCACCAGCAGAGGUCUAUGUCGUUUCCCACGCCACCACUUCAGCCUCCUCUCUCUGGGCCCCUCCACCACCAGUUCCAGAAUAAUUACCCCAAUCCCACUGGUAACAGUAAUAGUAGUAACGGUAAUGGUGGCAACACUACUUCCAAUAAUGCACCUCAAAACCCUGGGGCUAGGCUGAUGGCUUUAUUGAGUGCCCCCUUACCUUCCACUCCUGAUUUUUCACAACAGCCAGCUGCUGUGGCGAUGGCCCCUAUUCAGCCCACCACGUCUGGAGGAUCGGAUUUCUCUACCUCUGCCCCGAAUCUGCCUCAAAUGACUUCUGGGCCAAUCCCAAAUAUCCAGGGGUAUCCACACCCAGUCCCUAUGCGUAUGCUCAGCAGUAAGUUGCCCAAAGGCCGGCAUUUAAUCGGGGAUCAUGUCUCCUAUGAUAUUGAUGUCAGGCAGCCUGGUGAGGUGCAACCUCAGCUUGAGGUUACUCCCAUUACCAAGUAUGCUUCGGACCCAGAGCUUGUUCUUGGGAGGCAGAUUGCUGUUAAUAAAACUUACAUUUGUUACGGACUGAAAUUAGGAGCUAUUCGGGUCCUCAAUAUCAAUACCGCGUCAAGAUCACUGCUUAAGGGCCUUGGCCAGAGGGUCACAGACAUGGCGUUCUUUGCUGAGGAUGUUCAUCUUUUGGCUAGUGCAAGUGUAGAUGGCCGUGUUUACAUCUGGAAAAUAACUGAAGUUACAGAUGAGGAAGACAAAGCUAAUAUUACUGGGAAGAUUGUGAUUGCUGUACAUUUCAUUGGAGAAGGUGAAUCUGUUCAUACACGAGUCUGUUGGCACUGUCAUAAGCAGGAAGUGCUUGUGGUUGGCCUUGGAAAGCGUGUCCUGAAGUUUGACACUACAAAGAUAGGUAAAGGAGAAGCUUAUUCGGCUGAAGAACCACUCAGAUGUCCGGUAGAUAAGCUAAUUGAUGGCGUCCAACUUGUUGGGAACCAUGAUGGAGAAGUUACCGAUCUUUCAAUGUGCCAGUGGAUGACCAGUCGUCUGGUAUCAGCAUCUGUUGAUGGCACGAUAAAGAUUUGGGAAGAUCGGAAGACGCUGCCCAUUGCUGUGCUGAGGCCACAUGAUGGUCUCCCCGUGAACUCUGCAACAUUUCUAACAGCCCCUGGCCAUCCACAGCAUAUCAUACUCAUUACUGGGGGUCCUUUAAACCGGGAAGUAAAGAUAUGGGCAUCAGCGAGUGAAGAAGGCUUCUUGCUUGAUUCUGAAUCUUGGCUUUGCACUCAGAGCUUGGAGUUGAAGUGUUCAGCUGAAGCUUCUGUGGAGGAUUCUUUCUUUAAUCAAGUUGUAGCUUUGUCUCAAGCUGGUCUUCUCUUACUAGCAAAUGCCAAGAAGAAUGCCAUAUAUGCAGUGCACUUGGAUUAUGGAAGCAACCCAGCAUCAACCCGAAUGGAUUACAUAGCAGGAUUUACAGUUACCAUGCCAAUAUUGAGUUUUACAGGUACUAGUGAGUUGUUACCCAAUGGAGAGCAGAUUGUUCAGUUGUACUGUGUCCAGACACAGGCUAUUCAACAGUAUGCUCUGGACCUAUCCCUGUGUUUACCACCACCGAUGGAUAGCGCAAUUCUUGAUAAGUCUGAAUCUAUUCCGUCACGUGAUGCUGUUAGCAGUGAUGCAUACGUUUCUUCGGAGCCCUCUGAAGGCAGGGCAACUGAAAUACCGUUAUCUGGUUCAGUAGCCAAAUUCUCUGGCCGGGAUAUGGGAUCUGAAAACGUGAGUUCAACUUCUGUUGAAUCUGUGCCCUUACAAGACUAUGCAACUUCAACUACAGAAUCUAAAUCCAUUACUUUGCCUCCAGUCACGGCUAAUGUUGAUAUAGCUUCCAUUGCCUCGCCUCCACUUCCUUUAAGUCCUAGAUUGUCUCGAAACCUAUCUGGUUUGAGAAGUCCCCUUAAAAGCUUGGACCCUGGGUCCUCACUGAGUGAUCGUGGUGGAGAUUCUAAAGUUAUUGAGUAUUCAGUUGACAGGCAAAUGGAUACCAUUCACCCUACCUCAUCCGAUGUUGGAUCACUGGAUGAAGAAUCAAGAAAUGAUGAAAAUAAGGUUCUCCAUGAUGAUAUUUCCACUAGUAUCAAUCAUCCUAUCCAGUUCAAGCACCCCACACAUCUAGUCACGCCUUCUGAGAUUUUGAUGGCGAACACUUCUUCGGAAAUUAACCAUAUUACAGAGCAGAAAAGUGAGGGCGAUAUCAAUGUUCAGGAUGUGGUAAUGAACACCGAUUCUAGAAAUGAGGAGUUGGAGGUCAAAGUGGUGGGUGAGACUAGGUUUAGUCAGAGUAGUGAUGUUGGUUCUCAUGAAGACCUCCGCAAUUUUGUGUCUGAGAAUAAGGAAAAAUCAUUUUACUCUCAAGCCUCUGAUCUUGGAAUUGAAAUGGCUCGAGAAUGCCGUGCCUUGUCCCCUGAAACUUAUGUUGUGGAGGAAUCUAGACAGUUUGAUGGAGCUGGAGGCAGCGAGGUUUUGCGGCAACCUUCAACCGCUGAACAAGAAAUACAUGACUCUGUAAAGGAGGUAUCAACCAAGGUUGUUGAUUCAACGGCGACGGUCUCUGUUCAGCAAACUUUGUCUUCAAGUGCAAAAGCAAAAAAGCAGAAGGGAAAGAACAAUCAAGCAUCAGGCCCAUCUUCGCCAUCACCUUUCAAUUCAACAGACUCUUCUCAUGAAGUUGGUGCUAGUUCAAGUAUUCCCUCUUUGGAAUCUGUAUUUUCUCAGGUUCUGGCGAUGCAAGAGUCAAUUAAUCAGCUCGUGAAUGUGCAGAAAGAUAUGCAGAAGCAGAUGACUGUGGUAGUUGCUUCUCCAGUAACCAAAGAAGGCAAAAGGCUUGAGGCAGCUUUAGGGAAGCACACUGAGAAAGCUGUCAAGGCCAAUGCUGAUGCCCUAUGGGCUCGUUGUCAAGAAGAGAAUGUGAAACAAGAGAAGUUGUCCCGGGAACGAACUCAACAAAUAGUUAAUUUGAUUACUAAUUGUUUAAACAAGGAUUUGCCGUCUAUGGUGGAGAAAGCUGUUAAGAAGGAAUUAGGUACUGUUAGUCAAGCUGUGGCACGCACAAUUGCUCCUACUAUUGAGAAGGCUGUGUCUGCUGCUAUUACAGAAGCUUUUCAGAAAGGAGUUGCUGAUAAAGCAGUUAGUCAGCUGGAGAAAUCAAUCAAUACGAAACUUGAAGCUACUGUUGCACGUCAAAUUCAAGCACAAUUUCAGACUUCUGGAAAGCAAGCACUCCAAGAAACAUUGAAAACGAGCUUGGAAUCUUCAGUUGUCCCUGCUUUUGAGAUGUCUUGUCGAUCAAUGUUUGAACAAGUUGAUGCAACCUUUCAAAAGGGUAUGGCUGAGCAUGCAUCUGCAGCAUUGCAACAAUUCGACUCAGCUCAUUCGCCUUUAGCUCUUACUUUGAGGGAUGCUAUUAAUUCAGCAUCAUCAAUGACUCAAACUCUAAGCGGUGAGCUGGCGGAUGGACACAGAAAGUUGUUAGCCCUUGCUGUCUCGGGGGCCAGUUCCAAAACUGCUAAUCCUCUGGUUGGUCAGCUGAGUAAUGGCCCUUUGGGUGGUCUUCAUGAAAAGAUUGAGGCACCUUUGGAUCCUACGAAAGAGCUUUCUAGAUUAGUAGCUGAGCGCAAGUAUGAAGAAGCUUUCACUGCAGCUUUGCAGAGAAGUGAUGUAUCGAUUGUGUCAUGGUUGUGCUCCCAGGUUGAUUUACCAGGGAUAUUGGCGAUGAUUCCUCUACCAUUGAGCCAAGGAGUUCUGCUCUCACUUCUACAGCAGCUUGCGUGUGACAUUGGUACAGAUACGCCACGAAAACUGUCCUGGAUGAGGGAUGUCCUCACUGCCAUAAAUCCGACAGACCAGAUGAUUGCAGUUCACGUGCGACCUAUAUUUGAACAGGUAUAUCAAAUAAUGAACCAUCAACGCAGCCUUCCGACCACCACCGCGCCGGAACACUCUACCAUCCGCCUUAUCAUUCAUGUAAUCAACUCCAUGAUGAUGACCUGUAAAUGAUCAUUUGAAGUUUUGUAUGGUGUUGGAAUUCAAGGGUUGUACAAAGUUUUAGUAGGGGAUUAUUAUAAAGUUGGAAAAGGAAAACUAGUUGUGCAGAGUUAAAUGCUACUAUUGUUACUUUGUUUUCUUGUGUCUUUUUUUUAAAGUAAAGUAAUAUUUUUUUUCCCGUAUAAAAACCUUGAGUUGAUCGAGAGGAAUGUGUAGAAAAGUUGAGUCUUUUGCAGGUGGUCAGUUGAAUAGUAUGUAAUGGAUAUGAGAUUGCCUUUCUAGGAAAACAGUUUCUCCAUUAUCUGGUUCUUAGCGGAGGGACUGGACUUCUUUCAAACCUUCCUGUUGUCGGUUCUUUUUACCCUAUAUACAUGCAAGUCGUGUUUUCAUUGCUGAACAAUGAACAUGUGUUUUGAAGUAGCAUGGCAUUGGUGAAGUUGUUGCAGUGAAUGUUAUUCAUCAAACAUCACACUUCUUCCAUUUUAUAAGGUUGCUCUCAGAAAAGGGUAGUCUCGAAGAGAA